AGAACGACGUCUGCCGGUUCUCCAUAUGCCCGAAAUUCGAAGCAGUUAAGAGCUAAAAGUCCGGAAACGGAAUAUUGGAAGCGACAUUCUGCUUGGAGAAGAAGAUCGCCUGAUUUGCCGCGAUUUCGAUAUUCGAAGCAGCCAAACGCCGAAAAUGCAGAAAGUGACGAUGGUAUGGGACAAUCCGCAAGGGGAAGAAAGUGGGCCAGUUUACCGCGGGCUCAAAAUCCCAGACAGCAAGCAUUGAGUGCCGAAAGUGAAGAUCAAGUAGGAAGUGUAAGCAUGGAUAAAAAAGAAGACGAAGUAGAGGCCCCCGAAGAAGGAAUGAAAUAUGACCAGGAGGAAUUUGAGAAGCGAUUUGACCAGUUCGAUAGACGAUAUGCUCUCUAUUAUAACAAAAUUAAAUAUCAACAAAACAAAAGAAGAAUGAAGAAAAACAGAAGGGAAAUGUCAAACGUCUGGGAAGCAUCUACGAGAUGUGAAGUACCAACGGGACGGAUAGCACCGAGUAACAGGAACUACGACGAAAGGCCCGGACCUUAA